CGCCGUUUACAGAGUUACUCACGAAACAGAGAGAUACGGAUUUCGAUUUCAUCCAUGCCGAUGACAAGUUCGUCGACGAAGAAGAGCCUUCUUCAUCGGAAAAGGUAAAUCCUGUAACUGUUCUUGGUGCCAGCAAAUUACCUCCUUAAGAGAUUUUGAUAAUCGUGUUUAUUUUAAACUGUAUUUGAGUUUUGCGAUGCUCUUAUUUCAGUUAUGGACAAGUUUUGGUGUUUUGAUCUAUAUGGAUUUCAGGACAUACGAAUCAGCAGGAUCUGUAAAUGAUGAGAAACUCAAAUAUUCUCUUGCGUAAUCUUUUAAAAUGUCUUGGGUAGAUUUGUUUAUGAGAGUAUUAUAAGUCACUGCAUUUUGGUAAGCAGCAUGGAGUUUGCUUCCUAGACGAAGUGACUUAUAAUAUUCUCAUGAAUUGAUUUUGCUACUCUUUAAAGAGAGAGUAGAGAAUGGUGGUCAAUGCAUAAAUAAGAGCAGUGAAGUUGAUUCUUGGCUUUUAGUAUACAGUUAGUUAUUGUGUUACCUUAUGGUGGUACACUGUCUUUUCUUGGGUAAGGGAUUAUAAGAAAGUGAGACCCUUUCCUCAAGUGAAGGGGGUAACAAACUAAAUAAAUCCCACGCAUCUUCCACCUUACCAGCCUUGUAACCUCGCAAGACUAGUAAAAUGGAAGAUGCUUGGGAUUUAUUUUGUAGUCACUCCUUUCUACAUAGUGUUGUCUAAAUGUUACAAUAUAAUAUACACCAGGUCUCCGUAGGAAACAUAUUCUUUAGAACAAUGAUUCGCUAUCGGUUUCUAUGUCAACAACUUUAUUUUUUUUUCUAAAGAACUUGUAACUGUUUGUCACAUGCUAUAAGCGAGUCUUCUUUACUCCCACUUCAUGUGGAACAACCUUGUUAAAGACUAAAGUCUGGGGGUAUCUGACCUUAUCUUGAAACUUCUCCAAACAUAAAAGUCAAAACAUUGUUUGAGACCUUAUCUUCUUGUUGUUGAGUUCGAAAUUUUAUAUAUUCUCUAAUGUAUUUGAUGAUAACUCUUGGAAAACAAGAGAAACUUUAUGAUAACUCAAACAAACCAAAGCUUGUAAUCUCUCUUUAAACCUCUCUUGUUCUAACAAGCUCUGUUCUUACUCUACAGUUAUUUCUUUUCUUUGGACUAGGCCUAGGGAAGACCACUUCUCUAUAGUCUAUACCUGCUAUAUUUUUCCUGCUUUUGCUCUCUGUAACUAUUAAAAGAUUUUUGGAAAAUGUUGAAACUUGGUUGACUUGUUAUAAUUCUCUACUUCUUGUAAACAAGGUUGGUUUGGUUUCCAAAUUGUGAUAACUCUCAUUUUCUGAUAGGUAUUUCAUUACGGUUCUGUUUAAUUAAUGACUUCAACUACUUUUUGUCAGCCCUUUUUUCAAAACUUUUAACAUAAUUUUGGUAAUAGUUAUGUUUCUUCUGAAUCUCGAGGCAGAUAGAUUUUGAGAUGAAACAGGGUAUUGGUCCAUACCCUUAUGGAAGAAGCAGCAGACAUGCAUGCAAUCACAAAUUUCCAUUUCUUAAGUUUCUUUCUCUCAACUCUCUCUACCAUGCAUGUGUAUUAUACCCUUGUAUAAAAAAACGUCUCCAUCUAACUAGAACAGAGAAGAAGCCCUUCACAUCUUUUGGCCAGUGCUAGAGAAUGGAACACAUCUACCAAUUCCAACACUGGCUCUUCUUCGUAGUUCUUGGAAUGUUUCUGUCUCUUGCUCUGUGUAAGUUCUUUCUUAUCUAUAAUAUCCAUCUUUCUCUCUUUUCUUCUUCUUACCAUACACCAAUUCUGUUUUCGAGUUUUGUCAAUGUUGCAGCUGUGAAGGCCACUGAAUUGGAAGGUUCCAGUGAUGAAAGAGGCAUUGCUCUCAGUACAAAAAGCAUCAUUUCCAUUUCCAGAAACCGCACCGCCCUUUCUAGAAAGCUUUUGCUCUCUCCUGACAUUGGCGACGGGACCAACAGGAUCGGACAAGAUUGCUCAAAAGAUGAUAUUGUUGUCUUUCAAGGCACAACAAACCCACUUCCAAGUGGAGUUCCUGCAUACACAGUUGAGAUCUUCAACGCCUGUGUCUCGGAUUGCAAUAUCGCGGAGAUCCACGUCAGUUGUGGCUGGUUCAGCUCGGUUAGACUGGUUAACCCUAGAGUUUUCAGGAGACUCUGCUAUGAUGAUUGUCUGGUUAACGACGGUCAACCUCUUGGUCCUGGACAGACACUCUCAUUUCAGUAUGCUAACAGCUUCUCUUACCCUCUCUCUGUUUCUUCAGUCUCUUGCUUCUGAUUCUAGAUAAAUACCAAGUUUGGUAGUUUCCACUAGUUUGUUUGUAUGCAAGCAAGACUCAGCUAAUGAUAUAUUUGUUUCGAACUGUGUUUCAAUUUCAUUAAACCAAGAAUCUUGGGAUUGAAUUUGUGUC